AUGCUCCUUCUUCGCACCAUUCCAAACGUUACUAUUCUGCGCGCGGACCCAGCUAUCCCACGUUGCGUUAACGUGUCGGCGCAGCACGAAGACGGCGAGGUUGAACUCGUCGCGCUGGCGGAGCAUGUGGACGACGUCUGCCUUGCGGCGGUAGUACACGCUAGGGAAGAUUUUGACGCUGGAGUUGGCGACGAUGUAGCGGAGGGCGUCGUCCGCGGAGAGGGUGGAGCCGUCCAGGGCCGGCUCGCCGAAGUGCUUCCAGAGCUCGGUGCGCUUGAAGACGUCGUCGGCGUAGCGGCGGUCGGGCGUGCCCGCGCCGGCGGACGAGUAGCGGCAGCGCUCGAGCGAGUCUACGAACCAGGUCGAGCCCUGGCGCGCGCCCGUGAAGAUGAGGGCGCGCGCGCAGGGCGGGGUGUCGUCCGGCACGAAGUCGGUCGCGGGCGCCGAGGGCAGCGCGACGAGCAGGAGGGAGGCCGUGGCCAGCACGCAGACGAGCAGGAGUGGCACGAGUACGGGGCGCCGCGAGGCGUGCUUCGGGCUGCGGAUGAAGCGCAUCGCGGAGGAGGCGGGGGGAGGCGAGGGGGGGGAAGGGAAGGAGGGAUGGCGAAACAGGCCGGUCGCUGCCCACGGAGGGCGAAUUGUUUAAGUGUUCACCGGGAACGGUAG